GUGUACCGAGCUCUUUUGUGUCUGGAGUUAGGAAAUUGAUUGGAGGGAAACCCCACACACAGAAAUAACACACGAUAUUCACUAUGCCUUGUGUUAGAACGAGAAAGAAUUGAAGAAUAUGGCUUUUCAAUUAAAUACUGGUGGAUUUGGAUCCGGGAACACAGCAGCUCCUUCGUUUGGGACAACCGCAACAGCUCAGCCAUUUGGGUUUGGUACGACCACAACUUCUACAGCCGCCCCAACACUGGGGUUCGGCGGUACAGCCACUUCAGGGACCCCGUCGUUCGGAGGUUUCGGCACAACAACAACGGCUGCUGCAACGUUCGGAAGCACAACGGCCCCAACGUUUGGAUUUGGGGGAACCACUACAACGUCUGCUCCAACAUUUGGUUUCGGAGGGGCACUCGGAACAGCAACAACAUCGGCGCCUGGCUUUGGUGGAUUUGGAACACCAACGACGUCUGCGGGAGGUCUCACACUAGGCGGCAGCACUGGCUUUGGAACAGGGACAGCAACAGGAUUUGGUACCGGCACAGCCACUACAGGUUUUGGAGGAUUUGGUGGGGCGUCAACAUUUGGAAGUGGUACGUCUGGGUUUAAUCUUACUGGAGCUGGCACGACUGGGGCAGGUCUUUUGGGCGGAGGAACAUCUACAAGCACUGGUUUGUUUGGUGUUAAUCAGCAGCAGCAACAACAGCAGCAACAAAAUCUCCAAAGUCUGGAUAACCUUGGUACCGCCAUCACCACACCACAGCUGUACGGAGAUGAACGAGAUGCCAUCAUAGCUAAGUGGAACCAGCUCCAGGCAUACUGGGGCACUGGCAAAGGCUAUUUCAGCCAGAAUGGCUGUGUGACCUUCACCCCAGAAAAUCCUUACUGUAAAUUUAAGGCCAUAGGGUACAUUUGUCUACCAAAGUCUCGUAAUGAAGACGGACUUGUGGCCAUUACCAUCAAGAAGAAGGAGUCGGAAGUAUCUGCUGGACAGCAGCUGAUUGUCGACUCCCUGUUCAAGAUGUUAGGUAGCAAGCCUCAGUAUUCUGUUUGUGUGGAGGGCAUCAGGCCACUGCCAGAUAACAAGACAGAGCUGGUGAUAUAUAUUCUGGAACGACCUGACCGAGGACCAGCUCGGAGAAUUUCAGCUCUGGAUACGGCUAACUUCCUUAAACAGAACAACAUACUACCACAGCUGCAGUCACAGAUCAUUGCCGAAGAUGUCCGACCAAAGACUGGGUUCACCAAGGAUCAACACAAACAAUACUUGGACAACACCCCUUCAGGAAUCCAUCCCCUUAUUUGGCAGCAGGCCAAGUUAGACAAUCCUGAUCCCGAGGCACUCAUUCCUGUCCCCAUGGUCCGGUUUAAGGAGCUCUUCCAUCGCAUGAAACACCAGGAACAACAGACAAAGUUACACCAUCAAAGGAUGGAUAUGAUAGCCACGGACUUGACACAGCUGCAGCAAAAACAGGUCAGCAUGCUAGCAAAACUGGAUGAGUACAAACGUAAACACCUGGAGCUUGGCCACAGACUUCUACAGGUGGUGGUGAAACAGGAGAUCUUCAGGAAGAUGGGUUAUGCAAUUCAGGCAGAAGAGGAACAGUUACGUGUCCAACUGGAGAAAAGUCAGGCUGAACUUAACCAUCCCACACAGUUUAAGGGUCGUUUAAAUGAGUUAAUGUCACAGAUUAGAAUGCAGAAUCAUUUGGCAUCUACGAGGACAGAUAUUAGUUAUCAAAUAGACCCAACUCUACAGGAUGAAAUAAAACAGUUAUUAAAGCAGCAACAAGAAGGGCUGCGUCACCUCAUACAGAUUAUUAAACAGGAUGGACAAGAUUUACAAUUGAUAGAGCAAAACCUGGAUGCCCCUAGCAGGCGAUGACAAGAGCAGGGGACAUAACUCAUGGAACAGAACAUUGAUGUCCCUGAUAGGGGGAGGCACCUAGUCGAGGACAGGGGACAUAACUCAUGGAACAGAACAUUGAUGCCCCUAGAAAUGAGCAGGGGACAUAACUCAUUAAACAGAAUAUUGAUGUCCCUGAUAGGGUGCGACACCUAGUCGAGGACAGGGGACAUAACUCAUUGAACAGAACAUUGAUGUCCCUGAUAGGGGGUGGCACGUAGACAAGAGCAGGGGAGAUAACUCAUGGAACAGAACAUUGAUGUCCCUGAUAGGGGGUGGCACGUAGACAAGAAGCAGGGAACAUAACUCAUUAAACAUUGAUGGCCCUAAGAGGUGGUGACACCUAGUCAAGGACAGGGGACAUAACUCUUUGAACAGAACAUUGAUGCCCCUAACAGGUGGUGACACCUAGUCGAGGACAGGGGACAUAACUCAUUGAACAGAGCAUUGAAACUACAGGAAGAAUUCAUAAAACAAAGUUUUAAGUUAUUACAGAUAAUUGAUUAAGUGUUGCAUGGACAAUAACAGAACCUUUCAGCUCAAAAUAGACAGUUACUGAAUGUAAGGAGAACAAGAGUAACUCGUGUGAUACAAUAACAAUUAUGUAUGGGGGAAUAUUCCAGUGGUACCAGACUAGCUUCAUUGACUUUGAUAACUUGUGCGACUUCAAAAUAUUGUGUGUAGGAAUGGUCUGGCACUAUUAAUUUACAGUAAUCAGAGAGAUGGUUUGGUUGUUUCAUCUCGUUCUCAGAAACAAUUAUUUAAUGUAGAUGUGGUAUGUUCAUCUCCAUGGCUUCAUGUUAUUAAAGAGGCAAACUUGGAAUGUGCUAUCAGAAAUGUAAACAUUAAAGGGGAGAUAAUUAUACCCCCGCAACAAAGUUGGGGGGGGGGGGGGGGGGGGGGGGGGGGUUGGUAUACUGGAAUCGGGUUGUCUGUCCGUCCAUCCGUCUGUCUGUCUGUCUGUCUGUAGACACAUCUUGUCAGGACAACUCCUAAACCAGUGGGCUGAUUCCAAUGACACUUCACACAAAUAUAGAGGACCAUGUGCAGAUAUGCAUGCAGCUAUUUAAAUUCCAAAAUUUUGGUUGCCAUAGUUACUGGUCACUGUUCAUAGGUUUUUAUUGUCCAGACAACUCUUCCAAAACCUUUGCACUGAUUUCAACAAAACUUAUGACUAAAUUAUCUUUAUUAUCAUCAACACAUAUUCCAGCCAUUCUGAAUUUCAGAAAUAGGGGCAUGCACAGGUUAUCUUAGUUAGCCUCUAAAUAACAGUUCUAGUUGUCCAUUGGCUCAUGUUGAUAGCGGGGGUAUUAGCCAGCCAUCCUGGUGACUGUUCUAGUUUAUGUUGUGGCAUCUCGACAGUUCAGGGAAUAAGGACAUCCAUUACAUAUCUCAAUAUUCAUCAAAUGAUUUAUUAAUACAUUUUGUGUGACAUGUUUGUCUGGUAGUGGGGUACAGUGGUCGGUGGAGAUCAACCCUCUCUCUACUAUGUAGGUGUACAGUUAUUUUUGUACUUAUUGUUUUCAUACAAAUGUUUUUCUUAAUUCAUGUAAAAAACAGACAAUAAAAGGAUGUCAACAGU